AUGUCCAUAUCCCCUCGUCGUCGCACCCUCAAGACCCUCCCGCUCUUCUCCCUCGAAGGCAAAACAUGCGUUGUGACUGGCUCUGCUCGAGGACUGGGAAAAGAGUUCCUCACAGCCUUUGCCCUCUCUGGCGCCAAAGGAGCGUGCAUUGACUUGUCCCUGAAGGAUUGCGAAUCGUCCAUCGCCUCGAUAGCCUCUCAAGUACGAGACGCGUACCCUAAUGACCCCAACGCGGUCCCAGAACUUCGAGCCUACGAGUGCAAUGCCACGAUCGAAUCAGACGUCAAGACAACAUGGAGCAAGAUCGUGGACGACUUUGGGAAAGUCGAUGUUCUUGUCACGGCUGCUGGGAUCGUAGAUAACGUCGAGGCCGAGAACUACGAAUAUGCCCGGUGGCGGAAGAUGUUGGACAUCAACAUUGAGCAAGUCUCAUUCCCUUUUCCCACCUUCGGCUCAUGGCUCUUCGCCCGUGAGGCUGGCAAGCACAUGCUCCAGCACAACAUCCAAGGCUCCAUCAUCCUGAUUGCCUCAAUGUCGGCGACAAUUUGCGUCCGUCCUCAAAAGCAGGCCGCCUACAACACCUCCAAGGGCGCCGUGCAGAUGCUCUCCAAAUCGCUGGCGACGGAAUGGGGGCCUCGAGGCAUCAGAGUCAACAGUCUUAGCCCCGGCUACAUGAAGACGGAUCUCAUAAAGGGGUUGCUGGAAAACGAAGGCAAAGAGCUCGUGGGCAACUGGGAGAAGGACAUCCCAAUGGGGAGAAUGGCUGAGCCGCAUGAGUUGAGGGGCACCAUCGUUUGGAUGGCCAGUGGAGCCAGCAGCUAUUUGAACGGAAGUGAUGUGAUCGUGGAUGGCGGCUAUACUGCUUGGUGA